AUGGAGGGUUCUAUCAAUUCAGAUUUAAGUUGUGAUGGAGAGUGUGUAUUUGUGACUCCAUAUAUGAAGCUGAAGUCUAGCCUUCAACCUCUCAAUAUUGACGAUAAUAGUUCCGUAGUUUCUGUGAAUGAGGGUUGUCAAUCACCUUUGUCGUCAUGGGAUUCUGAACCUGAAACUGAUACUUUGUCUAUAAUCAGUUCUCAUGGAGAGGGACCCCUUGAAGGUAUUAACCUGGAAGAAUGUCUUGAUAUGGAACAAGAAAACCAGUUUGUUGGGGUGGAAAAUACAGAUGAUAAUUUAUCAUGGGAGAUGGACAAUAAAAGUUAUGAUCAAUUGCUCAAAAAGUUCAAAGAAAAUGAGGAAGAGCUAAGAGUUUCUAAUUUUAAACUUCAGCUUUCGGAACAAGAGAUUAUAAAGUUGAAAGUUCAAGCUGAGAAUAGCAAGGGUCAGCUUGAUAAGGUGCGUGAAGAAUUGAAGCUGAACAAGGAAGAGCUGCAUGAACAAAAAGAGCUUUCGAAAGAAGAUAUCGCAAUAUGGAUGAAGGAGCUUCAGGUAGUUAAUGAACAACUCAAAAUAUCAAAAUGUAAAAUUGCAACAUUAGAAAAGGAACUUGAUAGUAGGUCAUCCAAGACUCGUCAAUUGCAAGAUCAGCUUAACGCGGCACAUGAAAAUCUGUCUAAAUCAGAAUGUCAGCUGGUUACAAGGAAAAAUCAAAUUCAAGUUCUUACAAAGAAUCUAGUUUCAUGGAGAGAUAAAAUUAAAAUGUUAAAAGACUCGUAUGGGGUUCUUCAACAAAGGGUCUUGCAAAAAUUGAACUCUCACAUGUUUGAUUUGGAGGCUAAGUUCUCUUUGGAGAAAGAUGAGCUAAAGAACAAAUGGACUUGCAAGAUGUCUGAAAUGAAAAAACAAUUGACCUCUAAACUGGAGGACUGUGAGUCUAGAAACAGUGAAUUAGAAAACAAAUUAAGGCAAUAUGAAGCUGAAAAGAUGAAAAAUGAAGAGUUGAAUGCUACUCAACAAAUGGCUUUGGAAGAUACAAUCUGUUAUUUGAGGGAAGAACUUGGUCAGAGAAAGCAUGAGAUAGAAGCUUCAAAAAAGGGAUUCGACAUGCUAAAGAUUGAAAGAGACGAAGGCCAUGUCAAGAUUGCUGAGCUUCAGGCUGAGAUAUGGUCACACGAGGAUCAAAUAUCAAAUAUGAACAGAUAUAUUCGGGAGCUAAAAGUAGGACUGAAGGAGCUCGAGAUCAACAAAACUACACUGAAUCAAGUAAUUCAUAAGCUAACCGUGAGAGUGGGAGAACUUAGUAAAGAGGUAACCAGGCAGAACGGUGUGAUCUCCGAUAGGGCUGAGGAGAAGAGGGAGGCAAUUAGACAACUAAGUUUUUCUGUUGAUCAUUAUAGGAGUCUAUAUCUCGAACUUCAGGAAUUCAUUGGUUAUUGGUGUCGUGGCGGCACACUGUUAUAG